UACAAGGCCCUCCAUGCCUUUGCUCCACGAAGUCCAGAAGAAUUAGAAUUGCAUAAGGAUGAUGUUGUCAGAGUAGUGGAGAAGUGCAAAGAUGGAUGGUUCAUCGGCUACCUCGAGUCGAACCAGCAAUAUGGAUUGUUUCCUGGAAAUUUCGUUGAGGCAAUCAAAAUUUAA